AUGCGAAGAACUUUCUUGGCAGCCGGUGCCGUGUUGACUGGUGUUUAUGCUUGCCAGCGUGACUGGGCAGCCCUGCACAAGCGCAUCAACGAUCAUAAGCACCACGACCAUGGACACAAGAAGCGGGAUCUGGCAGUCGAGUACCCGCCAUCUUUGACUGAACAUGAAAGUAUCCUGGUGAACUCCUUCGACAGUAAAGCUCUGGAUGACUGGUCGUACUACUACACUCAUGGAGACCAUCUCGGAGGUCACAACCGCACGAUGGCUGAGUGGACGCAGGAGCAGUGGACGAAUGCUGGAUGGGAUGCCCACAUCGAGGAGUAUUGGAUCUGGUACACAGCGCCUCUCGAAACAACAUUGAAGUUGAAUAGACCAGACGGCAGUGUUCAUGAGGUUAGCUUGAUCGAGGACAUGCUUGAAGAAGACUCAACCACGAGUUAUCCCAACCGUAUUCCAGCUUACCAUGCAAUGAGUGGCAGUGGCAACAUCAGCGCGGAAUAUGUCUACGUUGGUCGCGGCCAACGGGCCGACUUCGAAGCUCUCAAGGAUCAGGGUAUCGAGCUGGAGGGGAAGAUUGCCCUUUCCAUGUAUGGCGCAAUUUACAGAGGCACCAAAGUCAAGAAUGCACAAGAUAAUGGCAUGAUUGGCGCUGUUUUGUUCACGGACCCCCUCGACGACGGCGAGAUCACUGUCGCAAAUGGUUACGCGGCCUACCCGGAUGGGCCUGCCCGCAACCCGUCAAUGAUACAAAGAGGCAGCGUUCGAUUCUCGUCGCUUUAUUCGGGUGAUCCUUCGACUGUCGGCUACGCCUCAGAGAAAGACGGUCCACGAAAUGAUGUCACUCCGUACAACCCAUCCAUUCCAUCCGUCCCCAUCAGCAUGAAGGAUGCCGCGCCCCUUCUUGCAGCUCUCGAUGGAAAUGGUCUGUCUGCCGAACAGGUCAACCGCAGCAGCUGGGUUGGUGCUUUGCCAGACAUCACUUACAGCAGUGGGCCGACGACUGGCGCGACGUUGGACAUGGUUCACUUCAUGAAUCAGACAGUUGCACCCACCUGGGAUGUAAUUGGUGUUAUUAACGGGACCAAAGAAGACGAGGUUCUGAUCAUCGGCAAUCAUCGUGAUGCAUGGGUCAUCGGAGGCGCGGCUGACCCGAACUCGGGAUCGGCUGUUCUGAUCGAGCUGGCGAAGGCUUUUGGGAAACUCGUUGACAACGGGUGGAAGCCUCGACGGACGAUAAUCCUUGGAUCUUGGGACGCCGAGGAGUUUGGUCUUCAGGGGUCAACUGAAUGGGUUGAGACUCACUUGCCCUGGCUCGUCACCAACGCUGUGGCUUACCUGAACCUGGACGUUGCGGUAUCUGGGCCACGAACAGCUCUGUCUGGAUCUGGGGAGAUUCAAACCUUGGCAAUCGAUAUGAUGAAGAAGGUUCUCUUCCCUGAAGAUUGGGAUGUUGGCCCGACAUUGUAUGACAUGUGGUUCAACACUACCGAGGGCGAGAUUCCUCCUCUCGGUAGCGGCAGUGACUACGCAGCUUUCUACCACAACGGCAUCAGCGCAAUCGACAUUGGCUCAGAUGGCGGCAAGACUGACCCAGUGUAUCACUACCACGGGCACUAUGAUUCCUAUGCCUGGAUGGCCAAGUUUGGAGAUCCCGGCUUUAAAAUUCACCGGGUCAUGGGACAGUGGCUCACUCUCAUUGCCUAUCAUAUUGCCGACGAUGUGAUCAUCCCUUGGGACCUCCCAAACGCAGGGAGAGUCCUCCGCACUUACUACGAAGACCUCAAUGACACCAUCGCUGAGACCUACCCCGACCUAGACCUGGACCUGUCUCCUAUCGACGAUGCGAUCGUAGAGUUUGAGACAGCAGCGGAGCGGAUCGCUACGGUCGCCAAACAAGCACUGGCCUUCAACGACACCGUCCUUAUCGACGUGGUCAACAGCAAAUACCGCGACUUCUCCCGCGGGUUCGCAAGCGCAGGAGGGCUCCCCGGGCGCCCGACAUUCCACAACGUGGUCAGCGCGCCGGGCCUGGACAACGGCUACGGUGCCGACGUUUUCCCUGCUGUUCAAGACAGUCUCAGUUCCGACAACGAAGAGCAGGCACGUGAAUGGGUUGAGAAGAGUGCAUCGGCAGUGUCUCGCGCAGCAGAGAUCUUAGGUAUCUAA